UUCAGCUUUUUUUCCUUUAUACCGCAAUGGCCCGCAGACCCAGGGAGCAGAGACAGAACCCCAUCCUCUCCCUCCCCUGGGCCCUGGCCCCCCUUCCUCUCUCUGACGAAGAGUCUGGACCCAAGGUUCUGCUGACGUGGGAAGGGGAGGAGAGUCUGGAGGAAGGGGAGGGGAAAGCAGCGCAGAGAUCGCAGAGAGGAAGGAGACGCCUGCGGCUGCAGAGCUGCAGAGCGGGGUCUCUCCGGCUUCUGUGUCCGGGCACCGGGCGCACCACUGGGCCAGAGGGCAGCGCAUCCUUUCGGUGCGGGCCGGCAGGGCCCCUGCGGUCGGCAAGCUGGCUCCCCGGGUGGCCACCGGGACCCCCGAGCCCAAUGGCGGGGGCGGCAGCAAGAUCGACAGCACUGUAGAGAUCACCCCCAGCCCCAACGGACAGGUCGGGACCCUCGGAGAUGCGGUGCCCACGGAGCAGCUGCAGGGUGAGAGAGAGCGCGAACGCGAGCGGGAGGGGGAGGGCGACGCGGGCGGCGACAGGAUGGGCAGCAGCCUGUCGCUGGCCGUGCCCCCUGGCCCCCUCAGCUUCGAGGCGCUGCUCGCCCAGGUGGGGGCGCUGGGCGGCGGCCAGCAGCUGCAGCUCGGCCUCUGCUGCCUGCCCGUGCUCUUCGUGGCGCUGGGCAUGGCCUCGGACCCCAUCUUCACGCUGGCGCCCCCGCUGCAUUGCCACUAUGGGGCCUUUGCCCCCAACGGCUCUGGCUGGGAGCAGCCCCCCAACGCCAGCGGCGUCAGCGUCUCCAGCGCAGCCCUAGCAGCCAGCGCCGCCAGCCGUGUCGCCACCAGUACGGACCCCUCGUGCAGUGGCUUCGCCCCACCAGACUUCAACCACUGCCUCAAGGACUGGGACUAUAACGGCCUCCCUGUGCUCACCACCAAUGCCAUCGGCCAGUGGGAUCUGGUGUGUGACCUGGGCUGGCAGGUGAUCCUGGAGCAGAUCCUCUUCAUCUUGGGCUUUGCUGCUGGCUACCUGUUCCUGGGCUACCCAGCAGACAGGUUUGGCCGUCGUGGGAUUGUGCUGCUGACCUUGGGGCUGGUGGGCCCCUGUGGAGUGGGAGGGGCUGCGGCAGGCUCCUCCACAGGUGUCAUGGCCCUCCGAUUCCUCCUGGGCUUUUUGCUUGCUGGUGUUGACCUCGGUGUCUACCUGAUGCGCCUGGAGCUGUGCGAUCCAACCCAGAGGCUUCGGGUGGCCCUGGCAGGGGAGUUGGUGGGGGUAGGGGGGCACUUCCUGUUCCUGGGCCUGGCCCUUGUCUCUAAGGACUGGCGAUUUCUGCAACGAAUGAUCACCGCUCCCUGCAUCCUCUUCCUGUUUUAUGGCUGGCCUGGUCUGUUUCUGGAGUCUGCACGGUGGCUGAUAGUGAAGCGACAGAUUGAGGAGGCCCAAUCUGUGCUAAGGAUCUUGGCUGAGCGGAACCGGCCUCAUGGGCAGAUGCUGGGCGAGGAGGCCCAGGAGGCCUUGCAGGACCUGGAGAACACCUGCCCUCUCCCCACAACAUCCUCCUUUUCCUUCGCUUCCCUCCUCAACUACCGCAACAUCUGGAAAAACCUGCUUAUCCUGGGCUUCACCAACUUUAUUGCCCAUGCCAUUCGCCACUGCUACCAGCCUGUGGGAGGAGGAGGAAGCCCGUCCGACUUCUACCUGUGCUCCCUGCUGGCCAGCGGCACAGCGGCCCUGGCCUGCGUCUUCCUGGGGGUCACCGUGGACCGAUUUGGCCGCCGGGGCAUCCUGCUUCUCUCAAUGACCCUCACUGGCAUUGCGUCCCUGGUCCUGCUGGGCCUGUGGGAUUGUGAGCAUCCUCCCUUUCCCACAGUGUGGGCUCAGCAAAGGAACCCCAGCAGAGAUCUGAACGAGGCCGCCAUCACCACCUUCUCCGUCCUUGGUCUCUUCUCCUCCCAAGCGGCUGGCAUCCUCAGCACCCUCCUUGCUGCUGAAGUCAUCCCUACCACCGUCCGGGGCCGAGGCCUGGGCCUGAUCAUGGCUCUAGGGGCACUUGGUGGGCUGAGUGGCCCAGCCCAGCGCCUCCACAUGGGCCAUGGAGCCUUCCUGCAGCAUGUGGUGCUGGCGGCCUGUGCCCUCCUCUGCAUCCUCAGCAUCAUGCUUCUGCCGGAGACCAAGCGCAAGCUCCUGCCCGAGGUGCUCCGGGAUGGGGAGCUGUGCCGCCGGCCCUCCCUGCUGCGGCAGCCACCCCCUAACCGCUGUGACCACGUCCCGCUGCUUGCCACCCCCAACCCCGCCCUCUGAGUGGCCCCUGAGCACCCUGGCAGGAGGCUAGCCCAUACAGGAAGGUGGCACAAGGCCCUGGCAAGGAGAGCGGGAGGACUGAGUGAGGAAGGCAGGGCUGUCUGGAAGGCUCAGGCACCUCAGGCCAGCCAGCAAGGAGCUCAGAGGGCUGCCCUCACCCCCAUUUCCUCCCUGCUGCUUUGUGUUCACUUCCUUGGCAAGAGUCAGGGGACAGGGAGAGAACGCCACACUGUACCCACCAGGUCUGGGCUCCAUCUUGUGCUCAAAGACAUCCUCCCAGACCUCACUCUCUCUCCCUUUAUCAUCCUGUUUCAAUAAAGACAUUUGGAAUAAAUGAGCAUACCACA